UGGGAAGAAGAUGGAAUCCUCGUCUUCUCGUCAAGCGGAGACAGUGGUUGGAGCAAUUUCUAUACCUGGAAGGCAGCGUGUAAUGGAAGAUACAAUUUCAAUUCGACCUAAUCUUUGCUUACCGGAGAUCAAUCAACGCCGACCCAUUGAUUUCUUUGCUGUUUACGAUGGACAUGGUGGACGUCAUGUAGCUUCAAUGUGUAAAGAGAGAAUGCAUGAGGUACUAGAAGAAGAGCUGAUGCGCAUGAGAAACAACGUAGACAUGGGCGGUAACGGUGGAAGACGACAACCAUUGGAAGGGCAGAGGAUGGAGGAAGCAUGGAGAAGAGUAUUCAAAAGUUGCUUCUUGAAGAUAGAUGAGAUGGCAUCAUGCAUAUGUAGUGAAUGUGGUGGUGUAGGCUACGAAUGUGGCUGCCCACCGAGCGUAUUGAAACCACCGACGGGCUCCACUGCAGUGGUGGUAGUUUUGACGGACGAGACUAUCAUUGUAGCAAACUGUGGUGACUCACGCGCUGUUCUUAGCCGCAGUGGAAGUGCGAUCCCUCUUUCUUAUGAUCACAAGCCAGACAAACGAGAAGAACGUGCCAGAAUAGAGGCAUGUGGAGGUCGAGUUGUUUUUACGGAUGGAGCACGAGUUGAAGGAGUACUUUCCAUGUCUAGGGCAAUAGGAGACAACAAUUUAAAGCCAUAUAUGACAUCGGAGCCAGAGAUGACCUUCACAAAAAGGGAAGCAGAGGAUGAGUGCUUGAUUCUUGCAAGUGAUGGCUUGUGGGAUGUUAUAUCAAGUGAUAUAGCGUGUGCAGUGGGUAGGGAGUGUCUUCGACAUAGAGAUCCAGCUGGGGACCUUAGUUCCAGGCCUUCUUCUGUAGAAGGUGAUAGCAGAGGAGCAAUGUUUUCUUCACGAAGGGCAUGCUCAGCAGCAGCGCUGCUCACCCGGCUUGCUCUGGGCCGGAAUAGCUGUGAUAAUAUUAGUGUAAUUGUGGUGGACUUAAAAAGAAACCACACUGCUGUGUAGUUUCUAGAGCUAGAAUGUAAC